CCGAAUAUUCUCACGCACAGCAAUCAAAGUCACCUGCUUCCCUAGGCCAGAAAAAGGUUUCACCGUCCCGCUUUCGAACACUCUGGAUCGGUUUAGUGUGCAUCGGAUCCAACGUGCGCAGGGUGGCGGCUUAUGAAGAUGAGACCGAUAUCAUUAGCAGAGCUGCUAUAAAGAGCCAGCAAUUUUGAGCAUCAUAAACUGCUCAUAUGAUUCGCGUUCAUGUCACCCCCAUCAUUUUUGACCCCUUCCGGUCAACAUUCACCGUUAGCGGAAGAGCUUUUACCACAGUGUCUCAUGACGGAACGUUCCGACGGCUCAGAUAUACACCAACAGCUCCACAAGCUAGGAGACACCUAUCUACAACCAGGACCACAAUGUCGAAUACAAUGAAAGCACUCGUGUUUUCUGGCAAAGGCCAGCCUACUCUACAGGACCGUCCGCAGCCAACGAUUCUCAAGUCCUCUGAUGCUGUCGUGAAGAUGGUCAAAACGACGAUUUGCGGCACGGACUUGCACAUUCUGAAAGGCGACGUUGCCACAUGCGAAACUGGACGGAUCUUGGGCCACGAAGGUAUCGCCGUUGUACAAUCCGUCGGUGAUGGUGUUACGAGAUUCAAGCCCGGCGACAAUGUCAUCGUUUCCUGCAUUACGUCUUGCUCGAGCUGCGAAUACUGCCGCAAGGGCAUGCCUUCGCACUGUGUUGAAGGUGGAUGGAUUCUGGGGAAUACUAUCGAUGGCACUCAAGCCGAGUAUGUCCGUAUCCCCUAUGCUGAUGGCAGCUUGCAUCCCAUGGUCAAAGGUGCCACUGCGGAUGAGCAGGUGAUGGUCAGUGAUGUGUUGCCGACGGGCUUUGAAUGUGGUGUUCUCAACGGAAGGGUGUCCCCGGGAAAAUCCGUCGCCAUCGUUGGUGGUGGUCCCGUUGGUCUUGGCGCGAUGCUCACUGCGCAACUAUACUCUCCCUCGCAUAUCAUCAUGAUUGACCUUGAUGCCAAUCGUCUCGAGAUGGCCAAGACUUUGGGUGCGACUCACGGUGUUGUUUCCGGCAAGGGCACGGAUGUUGUUGGAGCCGUCAAGGCUCUCACAGACGGAAAGGGUGUCGACACGGUCAUUGAAGCUGUUGGCGUUCCCGCGACAUUUGAGCUCUGCCAGGAGAUUGUCGCUCCAGGGGGAACCAUCGCAAACCUCGGCGUUCACGGGUGCAAGGUCGAUUUGCACCUCGAGGACUUGUGGCACAAAAACAUCACUAUCACUACACGUCUCGUGGAUGCUUCGACUUCGCCUAUGCUUAUCAAGCUUGUCGACUCGGGAAAGCUCAAGACUACUGGAUUGGUGACGCACACGUACAAGUUCUCAGAGAUGACUGAAGCCUAUAAUACUUUCGGGGCCGCAGCGAAGAAUAAUGCGCUAAAGGUCAUCAUCAACUUUUAGCCUGUCGGUAUGUCUCGAUAAGGCCCGAUAACACGAAGACAGCAAAAUCUGUCCUGUACUUAUAGUCAAUGUCAGCCUGCUAUUUCUCUUUGCGUGCCUGUGAAUCU